AUGAGUAGUGGUGCAAAUGCACUGGAAUCUGAAAAUGCAAUGCGUGAUAUAUUAAGAACGGCCCAGCAUGUAUUAGCAAUGGAUGCCUUUGCGAAUGCAUCAACUCUAACCUUUCUCAAAGCUUAUUGCGGUGAAAAUAUUCGAGUGAUUGAUAAUAAAUUUCAGCCUCUUGUAGAUAAAACUGUUGAGUAUCUUUAUGAUCCAAAUAGCGGGGCUGAAGCUAUGCGAAUAGGAUAUGAGUUUUUAAAGCAAGGCAAGCGCGUGGCAUUUGUUCUAACAAGUUGUAGUAUAGCCCGAGCAUUGGUAGAAAAAGUCUGUAAAUUGCAAAAGCCUGAUAAUUCUCACAUCAGAGCCCAUGCUUAUUAUGGAUAUAUGGACGGAAAACAGCGAAAAAAAGACUUCUCAGAUAUAAAUACCGCUUGGGGUGAGCUUGAUUGCGUAGCCUAUACAAGUACUGUAGAAGCAGGUAUUUCUUUCGAAAAAACUAAUCACUUUGAUGCGGUUAUAGGCAUUACAAAUAUUACAACUCCGGUUAAUGUCGAAGCAUUUAUCCAGAUGAUGUUUCGAAUUCGUGAUUGUAAAAAGCGUAUACUAUCCUUCUAUUAUCAAAAAAAUUCCAGUGAUCUUUUUCGCCCACCAGGUUAUGAAAAUAUUCGUGCUGAGCUUGAGAGUGCUCGGCCUAAUAAUUUGCCUACAGCAAUAAGGGGGCAUCGUGAAUGGGAUAAAAAUAUUGUAUUAUAUAAACUUGAUCAAUCACCUGCUGUAAUAUCAUACCUUGAAGUUGAACAUCGAAAACGUUUUCUGCAAGAAAUUUUAUUGAGAUAUCAUGCAGUCUUAUAG